AAACACAGAUGGCGGCGGCGCGGCGCCAUUCCGGGCCCGGAGCAGGCAGCCAGCAGCCCUGUCCUCACCGCGGUCCGCCCGCCGCCGCUAAAUACCCGGAUGCGCCGCCCGAGCGCCAGACGCGGAGCUGGGAAAAGGGAGGCAGAGGAGGCGGAGGCGGAGGCAGAGCCGGGCGCUGAGACCGACCGACAGACCCGCGGGGCCGGGCCACGCAGAGCCGGCCCAGCGAGUGCCCCCCCUCCCCGCGACCCGAGCCAGGUCCGAGAGGCGGCCCCCGGCCUGGCCUGGGAGCCAGGAGCGCCCAGAGCAGAUCCCGAAUCAGGCUUCCCUCGGCCUCCGACGAGGGCUGGCCCUUUGGAAGGCGCCUUCUUCAACACAGGACCAGGCAGGCCACCAUGACCGAGAACUCCACGUCCACCCCGGCGGCCAAGCCCAAGCGGGCCAAGGCCUCCAAGAAGUCCACAGACCACCCCAAGUAUUCAGACAUGAUCGUGGCUGCCAUCCAGGCAGAGAAGAACCGCGCUGGCUCCUCGCGCCAGUCCAUCCAGAAGUACAUCAAGAGCCACUACAAGGUGGGUGAGAACGCCGACUCCCAGAUCAAGUUGUCCAUCAAGCGCUUGGUCACCACCGGGGUCCUCAAGCAGACCAAAGGGGUGGGUGCCUCGGGGUCUUUCCGCCUGGCCAAGAGCGACGAGCCCAAGAGGUCAGUGGCCUUCAAGAAGACGAAGAAGGAAGUCAAGAAGGUGGCCACGCCAAAGAAGACGGCCAAGCCCAAGAAGGCUGCCUCCAAAGCCCCAAGCAAGAAGCCCAAAGCAACCCCGGUCAAGAAGGCCAAGAAGAAGCCGGCUGCCACGCCCAAGAAAGCCAAAAAACCCAAGACUGUCAAAGCCAAACCAGUCAAGGCAUCCAAGCCUAAGAAGGCCAAACCAGUGAAGCCCAAAGCGAAGUCCAGUGCCAAGAGGGCCGGCAAGAAGAAGUGACAAUGAGGCUUUUCUUGUGGACACUCCUGCCUGUCUCCUGUUUUCUGUAAAUACUUUUUUCUUCUCACUUGAUCCUCAUCUGCAACCCUUUGCCCCUUCCUCGUCUGACUUUAUAAAGAGACAGAAUUUGGAUUCCUCAGAAAUUAGGGAAUAAUUCAUUUCUCUUGAAGCAGUCAUGCAAGGACAGCAACGACAAAUCUCUGUAAUGAUGUACUUCUAUUUUGUUUUGUUAAUUUGUCAUUAAUCUACUUAUGGUUUGGGGGAUUUGGGUGGGUUUGUGUGUUUUGUUCAGUUGGAUGGUUGAUUCAUUCGGAAGGUAAAAGUCGGGGGAGAAUGGGGCAAGGUAGCUUGUGGCAAGAUGACAGGGAGCCCAGCCUUGGUAAGGUUUUAAGUUGAACACUCCUCGUGAGUUGCAGAACGUUAGCGGAGAGGAGAGAGGUGGCAUCAGUGGGACGGCAAAGGAGGGAGCAGGGGAAAAAAAAAAACAAAAAACCCUGUCUGGGCUGAUUUGCACCUCCCAGUGGUGAGCAGUGGGGCAUCCACAUCCAGUUUCCUUCUCACUUCUGUUCCUUUGCCCCUGUAGCCUCCCUAUUGUCCUAGGUGAGGGGAGGAGGUCAAAAUGACAGCUGGUCCUAGAAAUUGUGGCUUCUCAGAAUCAGCUGGAGACUAGCUAUUGGGAGACCUCUGUGGCUUCCGAAGGUCUCCUGUGAAACAGCAGAGGAAGCUUUGGGGGAAGGGUGGGGAGUGGGUCAGCCAAGUGCCUCAGAGUGCCCUGUUAAAACUUGGUUUUUUUCCACACCAUCGGAUUGCAUCCUAGGAGGACCUUUUUUCCUUUUCGCCUGAUUUUUGGUUCCUCCUGUACAAGAGAUGGCUUUGCCAGGUGGUCGGCCGGGGCUCCAGCCCUGCCACCCGCCACUUAAAAACCUCCUGACCUCUUUACUUCUGAGUCUUUUAUGAGUAGUUGUAGAUGGGGGAGGAGGGGGGCGGGGAGUGGACAGUGAGACAUACUGCAGUUGACUUUGAAUUGCUAAGUAGUUUUACAGAGCUAGGUCUGUGUGUAUGUGUGUAUAUGUAUAUAUACAAUCUAGGGCUAGGACUUAACGUUUCACACCCGGGAGCUGGGAGAAAAAACCUGUACAGUCUUUCCCUUUUUUGUAAUAAAAUGGGAAAACGCGCAAUUGUGCGUCCUUCCCCUCCCCCCCCCACCAUCCCAACCCCCUUUUACUUUUUAAACAAGUGUUAUUUGUGCCGGGAAGAAUUUGCUGUCUUUGUAAUUUUGAAACUUUAAAAUAAAAUUGAAAAAAAAAAAAAAGGAAAAA